UUGGACGGCUCAAAGUUUUGACUGAGUCCCCACCAUUUGUUGCUUUAGAACAGAUGUUUACAGAUUUAAAUCCUGGUGGUAGAUUCAAGCCAAAUGACUGUUUGUCCAGAAGUAAGGUUGCCUUAAUCAUUCCUUAUAGAGAUAGAGAAGAACAUUUGCGCAUUUUUCUACACAAUGUGCAUCCAAUACUACAAAGACAACAAUUAGAUUAUGGAAUAUAUAUAAUAGAAGAGACAGCUAAUAUGAAGUUCAAUAGAGCAAUGUUAAUGAAUAUAGGAUACGUAGAAGCUUCCAAACAAUAUCCAUAUGAUUGUUUUAUUUUUCAUGAUGUUGACCUCAUUCCAGAAGAUGAUCGCAACUUAUAUAACUGUCCCGAACAACCACGCCACAUGUCUGUGGCAAUCAACACAAUGAAUUAUAGAUUACCUUACAAAGACAUCUUUGGAGGAGUAAGUGCCUUGAGCAAAAAGCAUAUGAAAAUAGUCAAUGGUUUUUCAAAUGAGUUUUGGGGAUGGGGUGGUGAAGAUGAUGAUAUGUCCAACAGGAUUAAACAUCAUGGACUUAAAAUUUCUAGAUAUUCUUCAAAAAUAGCCAGAUAUACUAUGCUUAAACAUAAAAAAGAUGAACCAAAUCCUGAUAGGUACAAUAAACUUUAUAAAGGAAAAUAUCGAUAUACUAAAGAUGGCCUGAGUAAUUUAAAAUAUAAACGAUUAGAAAUAGUAUUUAAAAAGCUUUACACUUGGGUGUUGGUGGAAAUUGAGCCUAUCAAGUAGAUAAAAUUCUUCUCUAAUACUGUUGUCACUGAAAGCUUUCCAGAGCACAAUCCACUGCUGACAUCUUUAUGCCCUUUGUGUGGCACUAUGGACCUGCCAUUCUUAUAGCAAUCAUCAUCAAAUGUCAUUUAUAUCCUGUGAAAAUUUUCUGUGAACUUACCAAGAUUGCCAUAACAGUUGAUAGUAAUAAUUUUGACUCAUUAAGUUCUGCAUGGGAGCUUGAAUAACAUAUUCUGCAAAUAGCAUUCUUACUAACAGGAUGAUUGAAGAAGACUUAGUGACUGUGCACAUAUAAUCUGAACCGGAUCUGAGACUGUAGUGAUAUGUAUUUGCUGCAGUGUAACUCCACUGGCAUUUCUGGACAAACCCUAUAUAUUUUAUUAAAAAUGCAUUUGUCACAAUUUUUCUUAAUUUUUUAGGGGGAAUAAAUUGUGUUGGUUCCAUUUCUCUGUUAAA